AUGCCUCCUCGAUCACAUAUAGAAAAGCAAAAUUCCCGCUUGAGGCCUGUCUCGUGUCACUUUUGUCGGUCGCGAAAACUACGGUGCAGCCGUCAGCUUCCCUGCUCCAAUUGCAUCAGCCGUGGAAUUGAUUGCGGGCUGUAUUCAGCUCCAGCAGCAAGUGACAGCACUCAUAAUAAUGAUAGCCACGGGACGGCUGAUAUUUUGACACGCCUACAACGGCUAGAGGACAUCGUUCUUCGAACGAACAGUCAAUCUAUUCGAGCGCAAGAUGCAAAGACAGAUCGUCGUAGGAGUCCACCACAGUUAGCACGUAAGGAUAAGCAGGCUGCAGCGGAUGCAAUAUGGCUCGAAGCAGAGUGCGCAAGUCAGAUAUCUUGUCGUUCGGUCGGAACCGAUACGGCGACCUUUCGAUCAUGUUCGAUAUGGAGUAUAAGCAGUGUUAUGACUAUUGAAAGUACCAGUUCAGGCCAUUUGGUGAGAAGUUUUUCAUUCCCACUAUACCAGGAGUCCGUGGUUCUGCUUGAAAAAUACUUGCGUGAUAUCACCUACAUUCAUCACGUUGUCCUUAGCGGUCCACUGCGUACAAUGGUCGAUAACAUCUACAAUGACAUUGAGCAUCAAGCGCCUGUAAGCCCUGGCCAGGUGGCACUUCUUCUAAGCAUCCUGUCGAGUGCGAUGUAUACAUGGACUCGGACAGAUUCAGCCAAUGCACCCUUUGCGGACCCCUCGAAGGUUAAUGCAACAUCUUCCCUAUGGGUGAAGGGAACUCUCGACUUGCUAGAUCACUGUCGUCGCAUAUCCCUUCAAUCCAUCGAAGCCAUCCAGGCAAUGAUCAUCAUAUCCUUUGUCAUCGCUAAUCUGGAAGGUAUCAGUGCUCGAUUCCGUGACCUGUUGUCAACAGCCAUAACAGCAGCGCGAGAACUCUCGUUGCACAAAGUCGACCAUCAACCAGAGAUAGACGGAAGAGAGGAAACACUUGCUGACUCUGUUGACUCUGAAAUGAAGCGCAGAGUAUGGUGGUAUCUGGUUGCUACGGAUUGGAUGGCAUCACAAUUCCCUGGUCCUCAUAAAGGCACCUACAGCAUUAACCCGUUACAUAUGGUGGUCAAAAAGCCUCGUAAUGUUGACGAUGAAAAUCUUAUGGCUGGUUCCCCCAUCAUUGACCGACCCAGGGAGCAACCUACCGAGAUCGCAUAUAGCCUUCAGCGUAUCAAGCUGGCAGAGAUAUGUCGGGAAGUCAUAGACUCAUCUUCCAUGACCACAUUUAAUGACGGCGAUAUGGAGCCUGGGCGGCUUUUGGGGGUGGACAAGAGGAUUGUUACAUUCAUCGUACAAUUACCACAGUUCUUCCGCCUGGAUGGAGAUGCUCUGGACGGCCUCAUUGCCAAGUACCCGAACAUUGCUCCCGGAAUCAUGAUUCAGCGGUACAUCAUCAAUUCCUUGGUUCACUCACAACGGUGCCGACUACAUCUCCCGUACUUAGCCCGCGGCUUGGUCGAUCCGACGUAUGCCCCCUCAAGAGAGGCUUGCCUGGAAGCAGCUCGGCGUGUCAUACAGGCAGAAAGAAUGCUGGCAAGCGAGGAUAUCCCGUUUGUGCUUACGAGGCUGAAGUUCUCCGGAAUCUUGCAGUGUGUUGGUAUCGCGAUUACAGCCCUCUUUCUGGACAUGUGUCUUUCUCAGGAACCUGGACCUCGGCAAGCGCGCCGGGCGGAAGUAGUCGAUGCAUGUAGCAUUCUGAGGGACGCCACAAAAGACUCUCCCGUUGCCAUCAGGCUUCUUGAAUCGUUCCAGCGAGUUGUGCGAAAGCAUGAUAUGUCGGUCAGCGAGGUCAUUUCUGAGUCCCUCUGUGCCGACAGCAGCUCAUCCAGCCUGACCGAGAUCAUUGCCGACGAACGGGACAGCAUACCAGCUCUUCCCCACCUGGAAGAGGUUUGGCAGAUUUCGCAAACAGACGCGAACAUCCAAGCAUUCGAUUGGGAUGCCUUGUUCCUUGAACUUGAUUGUCCGAUGUUGUCGAGCUAG